UGUGGGCUAACAUGGCAGCUUCCUUCGCCACUCUCGGCUUCCCACUCCUUUGACAAUCCGCUCUGCUCUUUGAUUUCCCGGGGAGGGGAGGAUUCCUUUCCCGCUCGCCCCCGGCAACACACACAACACAACCUCUGCACACCCUUAACGGGAUCCAGCAUGGAGAGGAGUUCCAGCUGCGAGAGCAUUGCCUCCAAGGAGGCUCCGCCCGCCACCCGCCAGCCCAGCCCGGAUUCCCUCUCCAGUGCUUCCACCUCUCAUUCAGAUCAUUCGGUGCGUACAAAAUCUGCUUCCGUCGUCUCAUCAGAUUCUGUCUCCACUUCCACAGAAAAUUUUUCUCCAGAUCUAAGGGUUCUCAGGGAAUCUAAUAAAUUGGCUGAAAUGGAGGAGCCCCCAUUGCUGCCAGGAGAAACCAUUAAAGACAUGGCAAAAGAUGUUACUCACAUCUGCCCAUUCACCGGCGCCAUUAGAGGAACUCUGACAGUUACAAAUUACAGGCUAUAUUUUAAAAGCAUGGAAAGGGACCCUCCGUUUGUUCUUGACGGUCCUCUGGGCGUGAUCAACAGAGUGGAGAAAAUUGGAGGCGCUUCUAGCCGCGGUGAAAAUUCAUAUGGCCUGGAGAUUGUGUGUAAGGAUGUCCGGAACCUCCGGUUUGCGCAUCGCCCCGAGGGCCGCACGAGAAGGUCCAUAUUUGAGAACUUGACCAAAUAUGCGUUUCCCGUGUCAAAUCAUUUGUCUCUUUUUGCAUUUGAAUACAAAGAGGUUUUCCCAGAAAAUGGCUGGAAGGUUUAUGAUCCUGUUGUGGAGUACAGGAGGCAGGGGAUUCCUAACGAAAGCUGGAGGGUGACCAAGGUGAACGAGCAGUACGAACUGUGCGACACCUACCCUGCCCUGCUGGUGGUUCCUGCCAACAUCUCGGACGAGGAGCUGAAGCGGGUGGCUGCAUUCCGAUCCAGGGGACGCAUACCUGUUUUGUCCUGGAUUCACCCGGAAAGCCAAGCCACGGUCACGCGCUGUAGCCAGCCGAUGGUCGGCGUGAGCGGGAAACGUAGCAAAGAGGACGAGAAGUAUCUGCAGUCCGUCAUGGACUCCAACGCUCAGUCGCACAAAAUAUUCAUCUUCGACGCCAGGCCAAGUGUGAACGCUGUGGCCAACAAGGCCAAAGGAGGAGGCUAUGAAAGUGAGGACGCCUAUCAGAACGCAGAGCUGGUCUUCCUGGACAUCCAUAAUAUCCAUGUUAUGAGAGAGUCAUUGAGGAAGCUGAAAGAGAUUGUCUAUCCCAACAUAGAAGAGACGCACUGGCUGUCUAAUUUGGAAUCCACCCAUUGGCUGGAACACAUCAAGUUGAUUCUCGCCGGCGCUCUUCGUAUUGCCGACAAAGUGGAGUCGGGGAAGACUUCCGUGGUCGUGCAUUGCAGUGAUGGUUGGGACAGAACAGCUCAGCUCACCUCGCUUGCCAUGCUUAUUCUGGAUGGCUACUACCGGACCAUCCAGGGCUUUCAAGUGCUAGUGGAGAAGGAAUGGCUGAGUUUUGGGCACAGAUUCCAGCUGAGAGUCGGUCACGGAGACAGAAACCAUGCGGAUGCAGACCGAUCUCCUGUUUUCCUCCAGUUUGUUGACUGUGUCUGGCAGAUGACAAGACAGUUUCCCACCGCGUUUGAAUUCAACGAGUGCUUCUUGAUCACCGUCCUGGACCACCUGUACAGCUGCUUGUUUGGGACGUUCCUGUGUAACAGUGAGCAGCAAAGAGUCAAAGAGGGCCUUCCCAAAAAGACGGUUUCGCUGUGGUCUUAUGUAAACAGCCAGCUCGAAGACUUCACCAAUCCUCUCUAUGCCAGCUACACCAACCACGUUUUGUAUCCCGUGGCCAGCAUGCGCCACCUGGAACUCUGGGUAGGCUACUACAUCAGGUGGAACCCGCGGAUGAAGCCACAGGAGCCAUUGCACAACCGCUACAAGGAACUCCUGGCCAAACGAGCCGAGCUCCAGAAGAAGGUGGAAGAGCUGCAGCGAGAGAUCACCAACCGUUCCACUUCCUCCUCUGAGAGAGGCAGCUCUCCUGCCCAGUGUGCCACCCCAGUCCAGACUGUGGUAUGACGCAGCUUGCAGACUCUUCAAUUUGUCAUCUCUCCAGAAUCAUGCGAUAAUGGCAGCUUGUCCAGAAAUGGAAACUUCAAAAAGAGAAAACUCUGUAAACUUAGAAAGCAGGUCAGACAUACUAUUUAUUAUGCUACGUCCCUGCACCAGGGUUUAUUAUGAUGAUGAUGGUGUAACACUACAGGAAGCGAAAGCCUUUUUUCUUUCUUUUUUGUUCUGCUUAUUGUCGUUUAAAGGCAUCAUAUAUAAUUAUCUUACUCGGGGUGCUAGUUACAAGGAAGCUUGCUGGCACAGCCUCCCGAGACGAAACCAGGACACUUGUUCCUUGAGCUCAAGUCGUGAAAGCGGUGGUGUUGCUUUGAACCGGAGAACGUUGCUCUCACACUGGAAGCUGAGGACUUCAAACAGUGGGAUGAGCACAGUGCAGCUUGCAUCAUCCUGCCCCCUCCUUCGCCAUCCGAUGAGCUGCUCCCAAAAACUCAGAGGAACCUAAGCAAAUGGUAACAACAAACAACUGCGUUCCAGAAAAGGGAAGAAUUGGGAAAUCUUGGUCUGCACAAAGAAGCAGUUGUGCUCAUUUGGUUUCCGGACACUGUCGACAAAGGAGCUUGUCCCAUUAUUUGGGAGGAAAUCCCAAUCUCAUUGUGUUCUUAAGGCAGUGCUUUACAUCCUUUUGUGCUGCCAGUGAUUCCCCAAGCAAAGGUGACAGCAAUCCAUCUUUCUAUAGGUAUGAAGCAGAACACAGUUUCUGUGCCAGCUUUAUAUGGCAGGUUCUGCUCCUGCACGGCCACCAUAUUUGCUGAGAGGUUUUGUAGCCACACA